AUGAUGACAACAUUGCAGAAGAAAGGAGAAUGUGGAAAGGGACCAAAGAAAACCUUUGCCCCGCCUGCACAAAAACUGCAAAGACUGAUGCCCUCUAGCCCUAACUCACUCAAAGAGAAUAUUCUGGGGAUCAGUUUCCCCGAAGUAGAGACCAAAUCAAGCUUGCCAAAGUCCAAAUUAGUGAAGAAGAAUGAGAAAGCACCCACAGAGAAUGUUCAAGGCCGUGGCCAAGAGAAGAAAAGAAAGAAUCAAUACAAGAAAGCAGAGAAGAAAGCAGAAAAGGAAGGAGCAAGUCUUACCAAUGCAGAAUUUGAAGAGAUUGUUCAGAUUGUGCUACAGAAGUCCCUACAGGAGUGUCUGGGUAUGGCUUGAUCUGGCCUUGGUUUUGCAGAGAUAUCAUGUGCCCAGCCCAUAGCGUGUUCCCAAUCAGACAAGGAACCAGGAACUUCUUCUGUUACUACUGAUAAUGGUAAUGCUGAUGGGCUAAUUGUACAUCAUACUCCAGAGAGUUCAGCAUCUCAGCAAAAUGGAGUUGUCCUUGAGAUAAAUGCAGCCCAGCUAGUCCAACCAGAUCCUGCACCCCCUGAGAAGAAAUUAAGCAGACUCUCCUUGAACAAAAGAAAGAAGGGAGAAAAUGAAAAACCGGAGAAAUUCCAAGUUGGGCAUGAGAACAAACAGAAAGACCAAUCAAAGAAAACAGGUCAGGAUCAUUCUCAGAUCAAGGACCAGCAAAAAGAGAAAGGUGGUUUUGGUCAGUGUCUAGUCUGGGUCCAAUGUUCUUUCCCUAACUGUGAGAAAUGGAGGCGGCUGCGUGGGAACAUUGACCCUUCUGUUCUCCCAGAUAAUUGGUCCUGUGACCAAAAUACAGACUUGGAGCAUAAUCGCUGUGAUAUUCCUGAGGAGAUCUGGACAGGGCAUGAGAAUGAUGUGGCUUAUGCUUCCUACAUUCCAGGAUCUAUCAUCUGGGCCAAGCAAUAUGGCUACCCCUGGUGGCCAGGCAUGGUAGAAUCUGAUCCUGACCUGGGGGAGUAUUUUCUGUUUGCGUCUCACCUUGAUAGCCUGCCGUCUAAGUACCAUGUGACAUUCUUUGGAGAAACAGUUUCUCGUGCUUGGAUCCCAGUCAACAUGCUAAAGAACUUCCAGGAGCUGUCCCUGGAGCUAGCUGGAGUGAAAAAGUGCAAGAACAAGGAUUGCAUCCAGAAACUGGGCGUAGCCCUCACAAUGGCUCAAGAAGCAGAACAGAUCAGCAUUCAGGAGCGGGUUAACUUGUUUGGUUUCUCCAGCCGAUACAAUGGAUUUGACAGUACAGGGGAAGGAAAAGACCUAAUGCUCUCUGAGCCUAACAGCCCAGAUUCCUGUUUGGAAAAAGAAGAAGUGGAUUCCGAGCUAGAGGAGGAGAAAGGAAAACAAGACCCAACUUUGCCAGUUCUAAAGCCUGCCAAAACACAGACCAAAAGACCCAAGCCACGAGGGACUGGUGAUAAAGGCCUAGUAGAUCGACGAUAUGGGACCGUGCCAAAAAAGACUAAGAGAUCACUGGGAGAUGAACCCACAGUCCCUCCUGUGCCCAGAGCGGCAAUGAAAGAAGGCCCAGAGAAUUCAGAUCCUCACAAGCCAGGCCCUAAGAAAAAAUUUAAAGCUCCUCAAAGCAGAUCUUUGAUAAGCAAGUUGUCUACAGGAAGAGAAGUCAGAAUGAUGCCAGAGGGUCUGACCUCCCCCACUCAGAGUGGGCCUGACCCCACGGUGGAGAAGGAAGGGCCUGGGCCCCUGGAACCACCGCAGCGUGAGUCUGAAUCUGUCCCUGCUGAAGAAGAAGUUUCCAGUGACCUGGACCUCGAGCAACUCCUGGAAGAUGUUGGAGAUGCGCCCGAGCUAAGAGAAGAGUCCCAGCACAGAGAUGAAGAAGAGGGCUUCCCCCUGGUGGUGUUUGAGGAAUGA